AUGAACGAUCCCGGUUGCAUGGAAAUCGGAAAAAACAACCAAUUUCUACAGACAUGCUCCAGUCCCAGUGAUGCGUCCUGUAGAACUCAAGAGCAAUGGGUGGACUUCGAUGUUCUAGGACAAAAGAGCUCGAUGCGAGUGAUCCGGCAGUGCGCUACUAACCAGUACGACGUUGACCGGCCUUGCUAUUACCGGACUGGCUUCGGUGGCAAGACCAAUGUCUGCAACUGUCAGGGCGACGGAUGCAACGAAGCUCCCAGGACCACGGCCUCGCUCCUGCUCAUGGUGCUGGGGCUCUACCUUCUGAAGAAGCUCUUCUAG